AAAGAGAAUGGCCUCUACUAUGCCCCAUCUACCACUGCAGGUAAUUUCUUCUCAGGCUUCGUUGCGGCAGCCAAAGAAGGUGGUUGUAGAUCGGAACUGGCUGUGCGGAUUCAUGGUACCACCGAAAGCUGCUGGUUUAGUACACACAGGGGGAAAGGGCAUGGGAAGAAUGGGAGGAAGCAAGGAAACGCAAAGACGUUCUUCACGUUCGACGGUGGUGUGUGCGGUGGGAGAAGUAUCAGCCGAUGGAAAUGCGUACCUGAUAGCUGGAGCCGUGGCAGUGGCGCUGCUUGGAACCGCUUUCCCCAUCUUAUUCUCUCGCAAGGACCUGUGCCCAGAAUGCGAUGGUGCGGGUUUUGUGAGGAAAUCGGGAGUAGCACUACGAGCCAAUGCAGCAAGAAAGGAUCAAACUCAGAUCGUCUGCGCCCGAUGCGAUGGACUUGGGAAGUUGGGUCAGAUUGACAAGUAGAUCACUU